GGUUGGCCGGGCGGGCUGGGCGGGCGGAGCGGGGCGGCGGUGGCGCCGUGCUGCAGCCUCGGCCGGGAGGCGCCGCUCCCGCACAGCUGAGGCGCUGCCGCCGCCGGGCCCGGGAGGAGCCACUCCAGCAGCUGCGCAUCUUUUGCUCCUGGUCUCUUUUCCCCUACGAAUCUCUGCGAAGACAAGUUAUGUCCACAGCUACUCUGAUUAAUUUGGUACGGAAUGGAGGGUUCCAAGUAAGAAGGAGAGCCGCGCUCAGGUCCCGCUUCCUGCAGGACGAGAAGCGCCCCGCAGCCGCCUGCUCCAUCUCCACCUGCGAGCGCCGCGCCUCCCGCUUCGACCCCGACGGGAGCGGGCGGCCGACCACAUGGGACACCUUCGGCAUCUGGGACAAUCGCAUCGAUGAACCCAUCCUCCUCCCACCCAGCAUAAAGUACGGGAAGCCGAUCCCAAAGGUGAGCCUGAGCAACGUAGGCUGCGCCAGCCACAUCGGGAAGCGAAAGGAAAACGAGGACCGGUUCGAUUACGCUCAGCUGACAGAGGAUAUCCUGUACUUCGCAGUGUACGAUGGGCAUGGUGGGGCAGCAGCCGCUGACUUCUGUGAUAAGUACAUGGAAAAAUAUAUUAAGGAAUUUCUUGCCGAGGAGGAGAACCUGGAAAAUGCUUUGAGCAAAGCUUUUCUAGAAAUAGACAAAGCAUAUGAAAGGCAUGCUAAUCUCUCUGCUGAUGCAACUCUGCUGAGCUCUGGGACCACUGCAACAGUGGCUCUGCUCCGGGAUGGAAUUGAGCUGGUUGUGGCAAGUGUGGGAGACAGUCGCGCUCUGCUUUGCCGGAAAGGAAAGCCUAUGAAACUCACCAUUGACCAUACUCCAGAGAGAAAGGAGGAGAAGGAAAGGAUUAAGAAGUGUGGUGGCUUCGUUUCCUGGAACAGUUUGGGACAACCUCAUGUGAAUGGUAGACUUGCAAUGACACGGAGCAUAGGAGAUUUGGAUCUUAAAAACAGUGGUGUGAUAGCCCAGCCAGAAACAAAAAGGGUUCAGCUGCACCAUGCAGACGACAGCUUCCUGGUGCUGACAACUGAUGGCAUCAACUUCAUCGUGAACAGCCAGGAGAUCUGCAACUUCAUCAGCCAGUGCCAUGACCCUGCUGAGGCUGCCCACGUGCUCACUGAGCAGGCAGUGCAUUUUGGUUCUGAAGACAACAGCACAGUUGUCAUAGUGCCAUUUGGAGCUUGGGGCAAGUACAAGAAUGGGGAGGUGACCUUUUCCUUCAGCCGCAGUUUCGCUUCCAGCGGGAGGUGGGCGUGAAGACGAUGCCACAGUGAUCCUUUCCUGCCAUCACCUGGACACAGCAUGCUACAGGAGAACACCUCCAUCUGUUCCAAGGCUCAGUGUCUUGUCCAUCUCUUCUGUUCCCAGUGUUAGAAGAUGCCACUGCUCCCUUGGUGCGUAGUGCCCAUUGUUGCUUAUGGCUGACCAUGUCUUGCUGCCCAUGUUAUUCGCAGCAGCAUCGGGGCAGCGCCCUGGGUUUGUUGCCCCAGCAGCUCCACACAUCACUUUGUUCACAAAGACAUGGUUCUGGGCUUUCACCUGAGGCUGGAGGGGGUGCACAGUCAUUUCAUGCCUACUUGUAUUCCUCAGGACCCUCAGCUCCCUGGCAGCUUCCUUGUCCGAUAAAACAUGGGGGAACAAACGCACAAUGUUCUUACCUAGACAGAGAGUUUGUUGUCUUCUUUUGCUGCAGCCACCUGAAACUCCCCUGUGCUCCAGGAGAAGUGGGUGAAAAACAAAGCAGAAGUUUCAGAAUGCUUAGGUUCUGAUGCCAGUGGCAUUUGGUGUAGCUGUACAAGUUCCUGAGACAGUGCUACUUUGUGCUCUCUCUGCCAUCAUCUGUGAUCCUAUAGCUCCAAGGAGACAGACCAGGCUGGAGCCAUGUGCUGUUGGACAGAUGGGAACCUUUCUCCAUUGGGUCCAAAGCCUGUGCAGUCUCUGUGGACAAUGCAGCAGCCCCUUGCACUAUCUUCUCUUUGCUGUCAGUGCCUGACAGAAGCACAGAGGAAGGAAAAAGACGCACAGUUUUGAUAUCCAGAGACUCUCAUCAACUUGAAUUUCUUUUUUUUUUUUUUUUUUAAUAAAGAAAGUAAGCUCAUUUCAAAGAGUUUACUCUUCAAGAUCUGAUGCAUAAGACAGUUUAUUUCUUCACACAUACACGAGGAUUUUCCUACCCUCUGCUGAAGGUGUCUGAGUUAGUUGUGAUCUCUCAUGUCUCUCCAUGGUACACAAGGAGGUAUUAAAAUGCCCCAAACAAGCUAGAAAAAGGAGAGAGCAUUAUAACAAUGUAAGGUCAUUUUUGUAAGUUUUGGGUAUUGUUUCUAUUAGAUGUCAGAUAUUCAGAUACCAGAAAGGAGUUUUAUACCUAGAGAAAGGGUUUUCACUUCCCCUCUUGGAGCAGAAUCUGUGUCCAGCGAGUCAUGGAGGGACCAGAGCUCUGAUCCAGCUCAUAUCACUGCUGUGACAUGGACUGCAGGUGAUAUGUUGGCACAGGUGAAGAUCUGUUCCAGUGUGCCUCAUUCACACUCUUCCUUCCUCCAUUCCAUGUCAGCUGUCAGCUCCUGUGGUGUUGGAAUACGGGCAGAGAAGAACUGGUCUUUUCUCAGCCUUCAAUUGAUGCUUCCAGUAGCACAAGUAUAAAAACAAAACAAAAUGAAAGAGAAGUUACCUGAUACUAAAUCACGUUGUAAAAAAAAAAAAAAAAAAGAAUUCUGAGGUGCUUGGCUGGACUGAUUCUGAUUUUCCAGUGUGAAAUACAUAUCUUCAUUACUUUUAUCCCUUUCCUUUAGUCCAGGGUUAUCCCUUAGGCAGUCAGUCCAUUAAUUUUUUCUUGUCUGUGGUGGAAGACCCAGCAGCACCCAGCAGAGCACUAUGUUGACAGCAUUAAGUACUGGGUGUGCAAAAUGCCCUGGUGUAGAGUUGUGUUUGCACUGUAUAUCCCCUCAUGGGUUGUCCCUCCAUAUCCCCUCUUUGUAUCUGUUUAGUUCAUCCCGACUUUCCCAUCAGUACCUGUAUGUCCAUCAAACCCCAACCCAUCCCCCUGUCUCCUCCCAGGUGAUGUGUCCACCACCUGGUGACCAUUCCCCUUUGUCCAGACCCUUCUCCCAGGGUCACCAGGUACCUGGACCCUGUCUGGGACUCCUCUCCCACCCCCUCCUCAGUGGUCACUCUGAAGCCUUGCCCCCAGAGAGCCACUCCCAUGUCCUUCCCCCUUUGGCUGUUCGGGUUUCCCGCCCCCCUAUAUCUGGCUGCGCUGGGCUGGGCACUCUCUCUCUUGCUCUGGAUGCCCUUUGAGGUCAGGUGUGGCCUGGGAUCUCUCCAGGCCCUCAUUAAACUUUGGAACUAAUCCUGAGGGAGGGCACCUCUUUCCUUUGCUUGUGGGACCAGCUUGUCUUUGGACUCACGUGGGAGCUUCUCCAGGCCCCCCGGGAUUCAAGGAGAAGUUCCUUCCCUCUGCCUGCCUCACCCCACUGCCCAGCUGGCCGGGCUCCACUGGGGAGUUAUUCCCGUGGAUUCGAGGGGGAGACGCAGCACCCUGGUUUUGUCUGUCCCAUCACUUGGUGUGUUGUGUGGUAUGAACAAUGUACUGAUUUGGGUUGUAACUGCAGUGGUGUCUGUAAAUCUCUGCUGUACUGGAUGCUGGUGCCCAGGCCUGUGUAGUGAGCACACCACUGGUUUUCAAUCCUAAUUCCCUCUCUCUCCUCAGAUUUUCCCCAGAGUUGGGGUUCAGUGUUCACCUGAGGUCAGGAUAGUUGCUGUUGGGGGUUUUGAUUUCUCCUAACAGCAUAGUUGUCUUCUCAGGGGAAGGAUCCAUCCAUAACUUCUUUGAAAUUUUACUAAGGAAGGGGUAAGACACAACUCUGUGAAACAGAUUAUGAUUAGAUUCAGGUGUAUUGGUGGUUGCUAUUGCUGCUUCUCUACUAUCACAGAAACACUUGGAUUGGGAAGGACUCCUGGGCACCAUCUCACCUCCAAUCCUUCCUGUUGGACCUAUUGUUUUCUUUAUCCAGUUUAUUUUUCACUCUGGGGCAAUUCCUGUAGUUGCUGCUGUUUGAGUCCUGCUUCAAGCCCAGCCCUCUCAUACCACUGAAGUGAGGCACAGGCCACGCCCCAGUAUGGGGCAAAAGCUGCUGGUUUUCACUGGGGUGGGCAAGGCACCCCUCCAUCAGUGACACACUGGUUUGCCAGGGCUGUUGCCCAUUCAGGUGCAAAGUCCCAGGCUCUGGGUGGUGAUACCUGUGCUAGGAACCUGCCCAAAUCCUUCCACACACCCUGCCAGCCAGGGAACAGCUGCCUCAGAGCACAUUUCAAUAUUGCCUCACCCAGAAAUCUUCUCUUAUACCACGGUGACACCAGAUUCUGCCAACCCCAUUAUGUGCCAACAGUGUUAGUUAGUAGCAUUAGCAGCUCAUGUAAACAUGAACAAGGACCUCUGGAACCUGCACAAUCAUCCACACCAAUCCAGAGCAGGGAGGGGGAGAUGUAUUCCUUCAUCCUCUUGUGGAGACAAGACAGCUCCCGCAGCUCAGCAAGGCCAUCCAUGCCAGGACACAGCCCAGAGCCAUUGUUUGUACUAGCACAUUCCCAGCUUCAGCCUUAUAAAGGAUAAGCAGUGCAGCCAGCAAACUCCCUGACUCCCACAGGAGUAAUAACACACUGGACACAAAGCUGCCAUUGUCUGUGUCCCAUGUUGGGUGCCUAAAAGGACCAUGGAAAAUGAACCUUGGCUGGACCACCAUCAGCUGCCCACCAAGCUGCUCUUAUCAAUCCCCUCCACAGCAGAGUGGGGGCUGGGCGGAGAAAAUAAAAUGAACAAAACCCCCAAAGCUGGUCAAGAUAAAGAUAAUUAAUAGUGUUACCAGCCCCUUUUUAGGUGCCAGUACACAGCCCAGCACUGUGAGGAUGCUGUGGGGAGAUGAGCUCCAUCCCAGCCAGCCCCAAUAAACACUUUAGGUUUUCUGUCUGGUCACUAGGCCUCCUGCAGCUCUGCAAGCAACCAGCUCCACUGUACCCCUCCAGGGACUGGCAAGAUCCUCCUGCACAGCAGAGCUCCUUCAGCUUGAGGACAAAGAGCAAAUUGUCCUAAAACAACAGCUGCCUGCCAGAGAGGUUUGUUAUUCCAGGACAGUGAAAGAUCUCACACUUUGAAUAAAACAAAAUGGAAUAUUUGCUCUCUAGCUCACUGUCUUUCCUGAGCAUCUGAGGUUACAACAAAAAGAGUAUUUUUUGUUUAUGACAGACUGAACCAAACAUAACGGGUGACCUGCUGAGCAAACUGUAAAAAGUGUUUGCUUUUUUCUACCGUUUAGGGGAUGGAUUCUGAAAUCCAUUGGAUUUGGUAAGAAUAUUUUCCUGCCUGAACAUACCCCCUGGAGCAGUGGAAUCUCUGUACAGGCACUGCAGGAGGGUGGGCUGUGGGUGCAGAAAGGCAAAAAUGCUGUCCAGCUAAGUAUUCAUUUUUACUGUGAGGAUGUGGAAGGCAUGGGGCUGGUCUCAUGUUGCUGGAGGAUUUACUAGGAGAGGUGUUGAGACUGUAGAUGGAUUUCCAGCUUAAGUCUCUCUGCCACUUGCAAAGAUGGGGGUUUCAUGCUUCAUAGAGGGAACUCCCAAAAAAGUCAUUUGCAGCCUGGAUUUAGGAGAGCUGUUCUCUCUGAAUGAUGAACAUAGCAAAAGAGACUUAGAUGGGGCAGAGAUCCAGUAAUUAAUUUAAUAUAGGCCUUCAUUACAGUCAGUCCCUUUGGGCUGAAAUGCUCAGGGGUGGAGAAUAAUCCUGGAGCAGCUGAAAAUGGGGGUGUGGAGAGAAAUCAGCAAUAUCACUGCUUUUUACGUAUUUGGAAAUUGAGAGGAGCUUAGACUCACCACAGGAUUUCUGCUGAGUUCCCUGGGAUCAGGGUUCCAUGAACCACAUUUUCUGUCUCAGCUGGUGGAUGUGCUGUGGUCAAAAACAUUGCGAUUUUUAGUUAAGGGAGAAGCAGAAAACAACAGCUACCACUGAAACUGGUUUAAUAAUAAUUUCUCUUAAAAACCUUCAGUUGGGCACUUCCAGGUCAUUGCUCACUCACCCAAGAAGCCAAAUGUACACUACAACAACACUCUGGGUAUUCCUUGGUUCCAAACUGCUGUUCUGAAUGCAGACAUACCCAUCAGGUACCCUCUUGACCCGGGAUAUGGAGUGCUUGGGCAGUGGUGCCUGUCAUAAAUUUCUUACAGACUUAAGUGCAAUUGUGUACAUUUGCUACAUGCUCUGCCUUGGGGCUGUAUGUAAUUUCUGUGGUUUGAUGUUUAUCUUUGGUGUAAUCAGUGUUCGAAUUUCAUCUACCAUGACAUUUUAUAGAGGAGCCCAUCUUGCUUUUUUUUUUAAAAUGUUUUUUCAUCUUCAUCAGCUCAAAGCUACAGUAGAGCAGCUAAGUCUGUACUGGAAUGCUUACAAGAUCUUUCAAUAAAGAAUUGGCUUCUAA